AAUAAUUUGGAGUUUAACAAAAAAGGUGUGGAGAAAAUUCGAAAAACAAUUGGUCCAUUUUAAAUUAUACUUUGACUUAAUCGAGAAAUUAUUUUGGUUACUUCUGAAGUUAAGCUAUUCUUACAUGUGACAUUUAGUAUAAUUCUUCUUUCAUCUCUGGAAAUAAAAUUAUACUCUAUUGUGUUACACAUUAAACAGAAUGAGCAAAAACACUUUCUAUUAUGAAGAUGGACUAGAGAAAAUCUUUAACGAGAAUGGAGAGAGAGUUGUAGAUCCAAUGGAGGAUGUAUUGACAGAUAUCAUCGAUCCGAACAUAGUUCUCGCCACAUUAACGAGCCAAGCUGCUUAUUUGGCUGCUAAACCAGAGGAUAUCAAGGUUACCAAAAUGAAAGAUGUACCUGCUAAUAAGGUCAAAUUAGCGAAAUCACCCACUAACAGUACUUACAGAAACUAUGACGACCGCACGAGAGAGAAAUUUAUUGAACGAAUGAUCAAAGGUCCCGUCAAAAGAGGAAGAGUGUCAGCAGUUGCAAGAGACUUAGGAAUAACACUUACUACUGCUAAUCGUUGGCGGAAACUUUAUCAAAAGACAGACGACGUUCCGUAUAAGAAAUCAGAGAAAAAUGUUGGCUGAUCUCGUACUUUUACUGAGGAACACGAGGAAUACAUUCAAGAAAUAGUGGAGAAAAAUCCAUAAUUGUGUGCUGCUGAUAUUAUUGACUCGUUGACUUCCAAAUUCGAAGGCUUUUCAAUUUCCAAAUACCAAAUGAAUCAUCACUUGAAAAACAAUAUGUUCAUCACC